UGAUUCUCGAGGAAGUGAACCAUCAUUUUUGGUAAAUAAACCAAACCCGGAACAUGGUAGUGCUGAGCAUCAUAUGCUGACAGCUCUUUGGAACAAAUUUCCUCUUGGAAUCUACCCUGUGGCUUAGCUUUCAAACCAGAGAUUCACCUUACCCAGGAAAAAAUGGCUUACAUGAAGGUGAGAUUGCUGUGUAUUUCGCUGGUCAUUCUGGGAGCCCUGUGUUUGUAUUUUAGCACGUACAAUCUGACUCCUUUUAAAGAAGGGCCAUUUGUUUUCAAGAAAAACCAUGGGAACUUCCUUCAGCUCCCAGAUGUAGACUGCAGGCAGAAUCCCCCCUUCCUUGUCCUGCUGGUGACUUCGUCCCAGGAACAGACGGUGGCUCGCAUGGCCAUCCGGCACACCUGGGGACAAGAAAAGAUUGUGAGAGGAAAACGAAUAAAAACAUUGUUCCUCCUGGGAACCACCCCCAGUAAGGACGUAUCGAGAGCCGUGGCCCAGGAGAGCCAGCAACACAGAGAUAUUAUCCAGAAGGACUUUCUGGACGUUUAUUUCAAUUUGACUCUGAAGACCCUGAUGGGUUUAGAGUGGGUCUACCACUUCUGUCCUCAGGCGGCUUUCGUGAUGAAAACAGACUCCGACAUGUUUGUCAACGUCUACUAUUUGACUGAACUACUUCUGAAGAAAAACAAAACAAGUCGGUUUUUCACUGGCUUCUUAAAAAGGAACGACUCUCCAAUUAGGCAAAAGUACAGUAAGUGGUUUGUCAGUAAAUACGAGUAUCCGUGGGACAAGUAUCCGCCCUUUUGCUCUGGCACUGGCUAUGUCUUUUCUGGUGACGUUGCCAGUCAGGUGUAUAAUGUUUCCGACAGCGUCCCGUUCCUUAAACUGGAAGAUGUCUUUGUGGGGCUCUGCCUCGCAAAACUGAAGAUCAGACUGGAAGAACUUCACUCUGAGCAGACCUUUUUCCCAGGUGGGUUACGCUUUUCCACGUGCCGUUUUAAGAAGAUCGUGGCCUGCCAUUUUAUCAAGCCUCAGGAUAUGCUGAUUUAUUGGCAUGCUCUGGAAAGUUCCCUGGAGGAAGAGUGUCCAGCUGCCUGAGGGGACCCCAGCGGCACAUCUGGACACACUCCAGACGACCCACAGUGGUAGUUUUUGAAAGAUCUUCAGGUGGCAUCGCUGAGGAUCUUCAGCGGGGAGGGAGGGAGCGAGGAAGGAAGAGGGAGGAGUUUGAGGAUGAUAUCCUGUGGCCUUCCAAAUCUAAACUAGAACGGAAGCUGCCAUGAAAGUGCUGAUUAAUUCCCACUUGAUGCCCGAGCAAUAAUAGAUACUGUCUCUUGAGUCCACUGUGGCACUGAGUCCUCGACGUACACCAUCAUUUUCUUAUUUCAGGGGUUAGUAUCCUCUGAAGUGGUGGGUGUGAUCAUGCCCAUUUUACGCAGGAAGAAACACAGCUUAGAGAGAUGCAGGAACUCGUCCCAAGGCUCACAGCCCUCAGACGUUGGAGCAGGGAUGAAAAUUGAGCGUUUUCAGAAUCCAGUCGGCAGCCCCUGACUUGGUCCACCCUUCUGUGCUGCCUCUCCUGGGAGAGAAUUGUGGUGAGGAAGGCUCAGAGGGAAUCCUUGCUUCUGGCAUCCUUCAGUCCCUUUGCAGAGUCCCCUCCUCCUCAACUUCCAAUCCAUGGGCUUUUCAGUGCUAACACUGGGGUGAAUAAAUGUGCCCCCAGCUGUCUUCAUUCCCUGGGAUGGAUCUGGCUGGACACUGUGUCCCUGUUACUGGCUUGGCACUCAACUCAUCGCAAAGCAUCUCCCAGAAGAUACCCCUGUAGCUCAGCCCCUGAGAAACGCCAGCUCCAGACAGAAAUCAAUUUUUAUAGAUUUGGCUCAGAAAUCACUGGAAAGCCUGGCUGGUUGUACGGACGUCUUGGCCACACUGACCUCCCCAAGA